GCUUACGUGUAAUUUAUGACGGAUUCCAGACAUGUAAUUUCUAUAACACAAGAAUAUUUGUAGAUGUUGGAAAUCCAAAGCGACACAGAAAAUGCUGGAGGAGCUCAGCAGGUCGGGAGCAUCUAUGGAAAUGAAUUUACAGUCGACGCUGUGGGCAGAGACCUUUCUGCAGGACCUGUUGAGUUCCUCCGGCAUUUUGAGGAAUAAUGUAUUGAGGCAAAAUCCUAGACUGGCAGAGAUUGGUACCAGCAGUGCUGCAGGUUUAAGAGAUUCCUACUUAACAGUGCAGUGUACUGACCUGAAGAAGCCAUUAGAGAUCCAGCGAUUGCCUUCAGUUGCCCUCAAACCAACCGAGGUGCGAGUGGAUAUUCAUUGCUGUGGUGUGAACUUUGCUGACAUUCUGAUAUGUCAAGGACUGUAUCAGCAUCAACCGCAGCUCCCCUUCACUCCAGGAAUGGAGUUUGCGGGGUCAGUGAUAGAAGUUGGUACCAAUGUCACAGGGGUUUCCAAGGGAGACCGAGUGCUAGGUGUGACUUCCAUUGGAGCGAUGGCAGAACAGUGCAUCGUUGACCAUAAGGUAUUGUGGCCGAUUGAUGAGGCUAUAUCGUUUGAAAUGGCAAGCGUGUUACCGGUUUCAUAUGGCACAGCGAUCCUGGCUCUGCAGCACCGAGCAAACACACAGCCAGGGGAGACGGUUCUGGUGACAGCAGCAGCUGGUGCAGCAGGACUUGCUGCUAUGGACAUUGCAUCUCACAUCCUGAAUGCCAAGGUCAUUGCUGCGGCAGGAACAGAUGAAAAGAGCGAACUGGCAUUGCAAAGAGGUGCUGUAGCAGCCAUCAAUUAUACCACACAGAGCCUGAAAGAGGAGGUGAAAAAACUGACUGGAAAUAAAGGAGUGGGUGUGGUUUUUGAUGCUGUGGGAGGAGAUGUAUUCAAGCAAGCUUUCAGCAGCUUGUCCUGGGAAGGCAGAAUUGUGGUGGUUGGUUUUGCUGGGGGAAAUGUAUCAACCAUACCAGCUAAUCAACUGCUGCUAAAGAAUGUGACAGCCAUGGGUGUUUUCUGGGGAAAAUACAAAGAUCAGCAUUUCCCAGUCUUCUCCAGAUCCAUUACAUCUGCACUUCAAUUCUGCAAAGAGGGAAGAAUCAGUCCUUAUAAUGGUUCAGUCUUUAAAAUGCAACAGCGUACUUUCCAUGACAGUUUUCUGAAGACACAAUGCUCAGACUCCCAUGAGAGAAGGACCAUUUUUGCACUGAGCUCGGGUCAUGGCAAGUGUGGGGUAGCUGUUAUCCGAGUGAGUGGACCUGCUAGUCGGGAUGCACUCAGCUCUCUGACUGGCCAGAGACCUCUACCCCCAGCCAGGGCUGCUGUCAUCAGGCCGUUGCUGGACCCCAGAUCAGGGGAGCGCCUGGACGUGGCCCUGGUAUUAUGGUUUCCAGAACCGCGAAGUUUUACUGGAGAGGAUUGCUGUGAGUUUCACGUCCAUGGUGGAUCAGCAGUAGUUAGUGGAGUUCUUCAAUCUCUGGGAAGCUUACCUGGGCUGCACCCAGCUGAAGCAGGGGAAUUCACUAAACGUGCUUUUCAGAAUGGGAAACUGGACUUGACAGAGGUGGAGGGUUUAGGAGAUCUCAUUCAUGCAGAGACAGAAGCCCAAAGAAGGCAGGCAUUGAGGCAGAUGGCUGGCGGCCUGGGACAGCUCUUUCAUGCAUGGAGUGAGAGGCUAACUCGAUGCCUGGCUCACUCAGAAGCUUACAUUGAUUUCAGCGAAGAUGACAACAUUGAGGAUGGAAUACUCGAUACCGUUGACAGUGAAGUGCGAGCAUUGCAGAGAGAAAUGGACAAUCACCUGUGUGACAGUCGCCGAGGCGAGAGACUAAGGGAGGGAGUUCAUGUUGUGAUUGUUGGGGUGACAAAUGCUGGGAAAAGUAGCCUUUUGAAUGCAAUCUGUCAGAAGCCAACUGCCAUAGUCUCACCUGUAGCCGGAACAACACGAGAUGUAGUGGAGACAGCUCUGAACAUUGGGGGGUACCCUGUACUUUUGAGUGACACAGCAGGACUCCGCGAGACAUCUGACAUUGUAGAGCAAGAGGGCAUGAGACGAGCGCGGCAGAGGCUAAAGCAGGCAGAUGUUGUGGUUGUGGUAGUGGAUACCACAGAGCUCCCAACAAACAUGACUGAUGCUGUUCAUUUUCUCCAAGAUUAUCUGAACAAAGUAGUUUUGCAUAAAUCUAAUGAGGAGUCGGAUAUAUCCAGCCCAAGACUGGAAGACUGGAUUGUAGUUUGUAAUAAAAUGGAUCUGGUUCAGAUGGAAGAUUUCAAAAAGCUGCCCAAAAUUCAUAAAGAACAUGGACUGCCUCAGGUGUGCAUGCUGUCAUGUAAAACCGGCUGUGGUUUUGAUGACUUCUUAGAUCUCCUUAAGGAAAGAGUUGAAAAGAUGUGUGGGAACCCCUUGGUUGGAAAUCCUAGUCUGACACAGGCCCGUCAUCGACUGCACCUCCAGAACUGCACCCAAUAUCUAAAGCACUAUCACCAGAAUCGAGACUUGGACAUUGUCCUGGCCACGGAGUAUCUGAGAAUGGCACUGAGACAACUGGGAAAGAUCACUGGAAAAAUUGGAGUUGAAGAAAUCCUAGAAAUUGUGUUCAGGGAUUUCUGUAUUGGUAAAUAAAACAUCUAAAGGUGGAGUUAAUUUUUAACUCUUCAUAUCAUUGGGACCUUAGAUCAGGUGUUUUCUAGACCUUUAGAUCACCUGUGAUAUCGUAGGAUUCAAGUGAUUGCUGGAUUUCCUUAAACUCCUAUCAAUUCACUUAUUAUGUUGUGGUAUGGAGACAUUAAGCCAUGUGUUAUGCAAGUAAAAUUGUUAGAAAAGUUCUUAUUACUGAUGAUCUGGACCAUUAAUUUAUUUAAUGUUUAAAGAUUUUGCUUGCUAGUAACUACCUGCUUUAAUCAAUGAACAGCAGAUAAAUAGACCAAGUGUAGAUAGCAGACACAGAAGCCACCCUAUGCUGCUAGUAGUGGAGGAGGUUAAUGGUGGUUUGGGUGCCAAUCAAAUGUUGUUUCUCUGGCUGCAAUCAUACAAGCCAGUUGAAUUGCCCACAUAGGCAGAGAGUAUCAGAGAACAAUGUGAAUGGUCAAAAAUGGUGUGAUAUAAAAAUAAUUAAUAUUAUAAUCUGGUAGUUAAUCAAAAAUGACUAAAUGAUAGCUUGAUCAUAAUUGCAGUGGUUUCUUAAAUUAUGGGCAAAGUAUAAUGGAAAUGAGUG